CCGUGUAUCCUUAAUUCAGUAGUAUUAUAAGUUAUAUUAAAUUAUAUUAUAUAUAUAUUAAUCAUGUCAUUGUAUAGAUUUAAGAUUAGCUCUGUCUGUCGAAAUUACUCACAAGCUGCCGCUGCUGUUUCGAAUAAGUCUCAUCCUCAAGGGAAUGUUGUUGAUCAAAACCUUCCGUCUUUUGCUAAAAGUUUGUUUGUAGGAAAUUUUGUCAAAACCGCAUUUGCCCGAAGUACCAAAGAAGUCAACUUACCAAAAUUGGAUAAACUCUUUGGAGUCAGCGUGCCCAAAGAAUAUGGAGGUUUAGAACUGUCUUCAGCUUCGGUUUCGGAAGCUUAUAAGCGGAUUGAUUUCGCUGACUUAAGAGAGAGCAUUGCUCACGGUAGCGUCGUGAAGUGCAUUAAUACAACUGGAACAGAUGAACAAAAGAGAUACUAUUUACCACAAUUAGCUUCUGGUGAAUGUAUUGCAUCGUACUGUAUUUAUGAAAGCAAACAUGGAUAUGAUAUUCAAAGUAAUGAGACUACAGCCUCCCAAAAAAAUGGAAAAUGGAUAAUUAAUGGUUCAAAACAGUGGGUUGUGAAUGGAAAACAAGCCAAUAUGUUUUUAGUACUUGCUAAGACUAUGGAUGAAUGCAAUCGUCCAGAGAGUGAACACAAUUUUUUCACAGCCUUUUUGGUUAAAAAGUCACAAAACAGUGGCAUUAAAAUUACUACUGAAGGAAAUCACUGUAAUGUGACAUUCAAUAAUGUUGAAGCUGAUUGUAUUUUAGGAUCUGAAAACGAAGGCCUAAACUUUUUUACAAUACUGUUCAAUGGUGAUUUAUUGGAAUCCUCUUCUGCUACAUUAGGGGAGAUACAAAAUAUUGUUCAAAAAGCCUCUCAAAAUAUCCAGACCCAUGAUCGAUCGAGUUUGAUUAAACUAGGAAAGCUGAAUAGCCAUUUGUAUACUAUGGACUGUGUUUUGGAAUUUACUAGUCUGAUAUUAGAUACCUAUAAUCCUAAAAGUGACUAUGAGCCAAUACUUGCUCGUUUGUUUGUAAGUGAAACAACACGUAGUUGCUUAAACUUGUUGAACGACUUGGGUUUAUCCAAGAAGUCGUAUAAAUAUAUCGAAAACUCAUUAUUAUUUGAAGGUAGAUCAAAUUUACUACCAAUUGUUGGUGCUCUACUCGGCAUUCAGUAUGCUGGACAGUUUAUGGCAGAAGAUGUGAGACAAUUAAGAAAUCCACUUAUGUUUCCCAAGUAUACAUUAAGUCAUAUCAUGAGAAUCCAACGAUCAUUGAAGGAUAAGCCAAAAUUGAAUCAUUACAUUGAGAAGCACUUGCAUCCGUCACUCAAGAAACAGGCAUUGGACUUAGAGUAUUGCUUAAGCAGAUUUCAAUUUGGUGUUCAAAAUAUGUUUAUUAAUCUUGGUCCCGAUACUUGCUAUUUCCAAAUGAUACUUGAUAGGGCUAACAGUAUUGCUAUGGAUUUAUUUGCCAUGGCAGCUGUGUUACACAGGGUAUCGCAAAAACUUUCUAAUUCAAAUGCACAGCUGUAUCCUACAGAAUUAAUUUUUGCCAAUGUAUUUUGCAACAGUGUUCGAGAACAGUGCAGUAGAAGAGUAAUUGAAAUACUAGAUGCUCCACACAACGUGGUUGAUCCACAUUAUAAAACCAUUGGCCAAAAUUGUUUUAUUGAGAAAAAUUAUUUCUUUGAACACCCUUUAAAGAGAAAUAUUUUUUAAUUAAUCUGUCAUUAAACUCAAUAUAGUUAUGUUUAUAUUUUAUUUAAUCGAUUGUAUAAUAUGUUAAUUGUUAAUGUUACCACCUAAUUAUCUGUUAAAUAUAAUUUUUUCCUAAAUAAUAAUAUCUCAGAACUCUUAAAUUUGAUGCUGGAACUCCCCAUCACGCUAGAGCUGUAUAUCAUGCUCUUAGAGUAGAAAAAGAGCCAGGUAGUUCUGUUAAUAGAAUUUGUGAUAUCGCAGAUACAUUUGUAAGUGUGACAAUUGAAUCGACAGAACUUCAUUCCUUGCGUUCAAGUUCUAACAGUUUAUUAGAUAUACUUAAAGUUCUAUCUGAAGUAACACAAAAAUUUGACCUUAAA